AUGGAGACAGGAGCCUGUGCUUCGAAUAUCUUCUGCAUCUUCCCCCCGGUUUGCCCAAUCAUCCUGUCCGAGAAGUGGCCCAUAUGUCAUAGUUAA